AUGCCACUCAAGAAGGACGAGUCGUCAGGUGAAGAGGAGGAGGAGGAGGCUGACAUCGGCGAGAAGAUUGGCGAUAACUCCACCGAGAAGGCUGCCACUCCUAAGCAGAGAAAAGCUCCAGCUCGGAAACAACAAGUUUUAUCUCCAUGCGGUAGUGACAAUGGCGUAGACCCGGACCUGGUUUUCGUGAAGGAGUAUACACCAACAAAAGCUGAGGAAGUGGAAGAGGCACAGAGGAUGGCAUUAAAACAACAAGCAACAAUAGAUAUUGCACGUGCAAACGUACAGAGACAGCGACAGCUGGCCGCAUCACAAGUGUCUCCGUUUAUAGGAGAUAGCACAGUGAAGGGAAUCAUUCCUAACAAGCCACGGCUUGGAUAUGGAUAUGAUCCCAACGAGCCUGUGGAUAAGGACAGACUUGCACGGCUGAAGAAAGAUUUCAAAGGCAUUUUCGGCCCGACGAAGUUCAAACUCCACAUUCCACUAAUGUGGUGGCAUGAAUUGGUCACGCAGACGGAAUGGCUGAUACGUACUCCUAGUAUGCUGUGGCAAAAAGACAAGUGGAAGAGGUUUUUGAGUACAAAGCCCGAUGGACAGGGACUAGGAAGGUGGGUCCCGGGAGGUGCGACCGAUCUCUUCGAAGGGAAAGCACCACGUUUCUGCCAAACCUUGAAGAAAUGGGAAGUAGAUAUUGAUGAGAUCUACAUGCCAUGGAACGUCAAAGACGCUCAUUGGGUGGCCUUGAUGGUUUCUAUACCGAAAAGGCAUAUUACUGUGUGGGACAGCAUUCCAGGAUGUCUAUCGGAGAGGUUGUUAGCCAAAGCUAUCGAGCCCGUUGCUGUCCUUAUGCCUUAUCUACAACGGCUCAUGGCUGACAUCGGCGAUAGGUAUAAGUAUCCACUCGACCGUUACACCCACGAGUAUAUUUCCGGAGGAGAUGUGCCUGCGCAAGACAAUUCGAGUGACUGUGGAGUCUACUGUCUAAAGUUCAUCGAGUAUCAUAGUCUUGGGAGGCUUUUUCCGAAGACGCUUUGUGGUAGGAACAUGAAAGCUAUAAGAGCAAAGCUUGCAGCGGACCUAUAUCACGAGAUCAACUGUCGCGGCCCUCCAGAGCGUAACUGGGAGGAUCUGGACAAUGACAUAUAA